CACGUUCUACGGGACCACUGAUGACAGAAGACUCACCGAAGAGCAAACAAUCCCCGCAUCUCUUCGUGACACGUCUUCUUUAACGAGAGUACUUUGUUUUUUGGCACUCGGACGCCCUGAUCUUGAAGAUCACUGGGAGUCACUGCAAUCCAAAGAAGGAUUUGAGGACGUGAGGAAAAAGCUGUGCUCCAUCCUGUCCAACACUAUCUCUGUAGCGAGCCUGCUUCUCGCGACAAAUGCUGUUUUCGUGUCCACAGGUUCUCCUGUAUCUUACUUUAACUAUUCCUCACCUGCAACCUAUUUCCUGCUCUUUAUGUCACUCAUGCUGGCCAUGAUUGCAGUGAUGACAUCUGGUUUGAGCAUGAUUCGCUGGCUACACACUGAUCGGCAGUGGACUCGAGAACAACUUAGGACAGGCGGCUACUUCCUCUUUCCCUACCUGUUAUCGAUCAUCAUGCCCAUAGUAUUUGUUGGCCUGUCCCUGAAUUGUUUCAUAUUCGCGAUGUUGAUAGCAGGCUUUAACUUCCAAAAUACUGUCUGCCGCGUCAUCACCGCGCUCUGGCUAGUCAUGUAUGCCAUCUGCAUUGGGGCAACAUUGACGGAAUUCGCGUGGAGGUAUGCGAAAGGCCUCAAAUCACAAUGAUCCAGACACCAUCGGGAGUUUCUACUUUUAUUUUUCGCCUUUUUCCCGUGUUGGAAUCUUUAGCGCUUGUAUGGAUGUACA